GGCGGGCGCCGGACCCCCAGGCGGAGCGACAGGUCUCGGGCCCUCAGGCGGAGCGGCGGGCGCCGGACCCCCAGGAGGAGCGACAGGUCUCGGGCCCUCAGGCGGAGCGGCGGGCGCCGGACCCCCAGGAGGAGCGACAGGUCUCGGGCCCUCAAGCGGAGUGGCAGGUGCCGGACCCCCAGGCGGAGCGACAGGUCUCGGCCCUCAGGCGGAGCGACAGGUCUCAGGCCCCCAGGCGGGGCGGCGGGCGCCAGAUCCCCAGGCGGAGCGGCGGGCGCUGGACCCCCAAGCGGAGCAACAGGUCUCGGGCCCCCAGGCGGAGCGGCGGGCACCGAGUCACCAGGCACGACAGUGGGCUCCGAGUCAACUGGUAUGACCGCAGGCACUGGGUCAGACAUUGGAUGGUCUGGCUGGACAGCGGGCAUCGGGUCACCAGGCAUCAGGUCAUUUGGUUCGACAGCGGGCACCGCGUCAUCUGGCAAGGCAGUGGGCUCCGAGUCAACAGGUAUGACCGCGGGCACUGGGUCAGACAUUGGAUCGUCUGACCGGACAGCGGGCAUCGGUCACCAGGCAUCAGGUCAUUUGGCUCGACCGCGGGCACCGCGUCAUCUGGCAAGGCAGUGGGCUCCGAGUCAACUGGUAUGACCGCGGGCACUGGGUCAGACAUUGGAUCGUCUGACUGGACAGCGGGCAU